UCCGUCAACCAGAGACAACAACAGUUGAAAGUGAGGUAUUGUUUGGUGACAAGAAGGAUGUGAAGAUUUGCAAUGCCAAUAAAGUAGCAACUAAGAGUGAAGGAGGAACCAUAACUUAUACCCUUCGUCCAUCGACCAAGGCUGUACCAGGAACCUAUGUCCAUGCUAAAGGGUACAGGGGUGAUGCKUGGUUCCAUUUGAUUCAUCAUGACAGUCUAGACGGAGAGGCCAUUACCCGCUUUCUUUACAAGAGUUUAGGUGCUUGGGACUUCAAACUGGACAAUGUUUGGAACCGAUAUGACUGGUGUCAUUACAGAAACUGGAGCUGUGAAGAACCCAACCAGAUGAUCUACUUUGUUCCUGUUAUCACAGACACCAAGAAGGGAUGCCCAAAAGCUGGCAAGGCUAUAAGAUUGACUAGUGAUUGUAUAGUUGGAGACUGGUUUUAUGGUCUUCGUCUCGUUGACCCUGAUAGUGGUCUCGCCUAUGCAUAUGAGUUUGGCGAUUCAUUAAUUAUGAUGGAAGAUGAUCUUUAUAAUACCAAGGAGUUUGAAGAAUUGACAAAAACUGACUUUAAYAUCAACAUGGCUCGCUUUUUGCGACGCACUGAAGCAUAACAAUGUCAGUCCAACUUGGAAAAUGAAUUUGUUACAAGUGAACAAGUUGAAUCGUGAUUAAAGAAUGUUGUAAUUUGCUGUGGGCGAAACAUGUUAUAAUGACUUUC